AUGCAGAAAGCACUUAAGCUUGGAUCAUUCUUUGCUCGAUCAGCCAUCUCCGUCAAACCAACUCUGGCGACUUCAAAAAUGACACAAUUACGUCAUUUUUCUCACGGCGCUUCUGUUUUCGACAUUGAUUCUGUUGAAGAUUUCACAGAAAAGGUAAUUCAAUCAUCAGUUCCAGUCAUUGUUGAUUUCCACGCAGAAUGGUGCGGACCGUGCCAGGCUUUGGGACCAAGACUCGAGGAAAAGGUAAACGGAAGACAAGGAAGUGUUCUUCUCGCCAAAAUAAACGUUGAUCAUGCUGGUGAACUGGCAAUGGAUUAUGGAAUCUCUGCGGUGCCAACGGUAUUUGCAUUCAAAAACGGAGAAAAAAUCAGCGGAUUUUCGGGAGUUCUUGACGACGAACAGCUUGACGAUUUUAUCGAGGACGUUCUCGCUGCUUAAACUGUGUAUUAAAAUUGCCAAUGUCUAUUUAAACGUGUUGAUUUUUAAUGGUUCAUUUAAAUUAGAGGAAUAACAUUAUGAAAG